AUGCAUCGGCGCGCUGUGGGUGUGUCCACGAUCAAAAAGAAGCAAGCUUCCAAAAACAAAUUUAAGGAGGCUGGGGAUACCUUGGCCGAAACACAAAUACAAGAGUUGACGAUUCAGCUUCAAAUUUUGAAAACCAACCUCGAAGAAUUUGCUCGCAAACAUCGUAAAGACAUUGAAAAAGAACCCCGAUUUCGAACGCAUUUUUCAAGGAUGUGUGCCAAUGCUGGGGUUGAUCCGCUUUUAUCAAAUAAGGGAUUUUGGGCCGAGCUCUUGGGAUAUGGUAAUUUUUAUUAUGACAUCUGUGUGCAGAUAAUUGAGAUAUGCAGGUCUACUCGGGGUAGGAAUGGGGGGUUGGUGGAAUUAAAAGAAUUAAAGCGACAAUUGAUAAAGAAGCGAAGCAAUGCCAGCGGCGGAAUUGGAUCAUCACAAGAAAUCAGUGAGGAUGAUAUCGUGCGUGCAAUCAAGACACUUAAACCCUUAGGUAAUGGUUUCGAGAUAUUACAAAUCGGCGACCGAAAGAUGGUGAGAUCAGUUCCCAGAGAAUUGAAUGUCGAUCAAUCUAGUAUACUUCUUUUGGCACAGUCGAAAGGUUAUGUUACGAAGGACAUGAUUGAAUCAGAAUUGGGAUGGGGAAUAGAGCGUAUUAACGACGUUUUUGAUACCCUGCUUGCAGACGGUCUUUGCUGGAUGGAUGAGCAAGCACAUCCAAUUGAAUACUGGCUAUUCCCUUAUUUGGGGAUGAUUCCUAUUUACGCGUCUCAUCAUUACUUCCUUCCCGUCGAUAACAAAAUGUCUUCUUGUAACUCUAAACCGUCAAAUUUAAACGCAUUUCUUGCUCUGAUCCUCACCACCGCAUUCGCUUUAUUCCUUGAAAGUAAUAAUGUAAGAUUUCUCAUGGACUUGCAGGAUGAACAGUAUGAUGUCAUUGUUCUUGGUACCGGCUUGACCGAAUGUAUCCUCUCAGGGUUAUUGUCCGUCGAGGGAAAGAAAGUUCUCCACAUGGAUAGGAACGACUAUUACGGUGGUGAGAGUGCUAGUUUGAACUUGACGCAGCUUUACCGAAAAUUUCGUCCAGGAGAAGAACCCUUAAAGGAAUUUGGACGUGAUCGCGAUUACAACAUCGAUCUCAUCCCCAAGUUUAUGAUGGCCAAUGGAGAACUUGUAAAAAUCCUCACUCAUACCGAAGUAACACGAUAUCUCGAAUUUAAACAAAUUUCCGGUUCUUACGUAUACCGAGAAGGUAUUAUCUCUAAAGUACCCGCUAGCGAACUUGAAGCUGUUCGCAGUCCAUUGAUGGGGCUAUUUGAAAAAAGAAGAGCGAAGAAAUUCUUCGAAUAUAUGCAGAAUUGGAAAGAGGAUGACCCAUCCACUCAUCAAGGGCUUGACAUUAACACGGCAAAGAUGUCCGAAGUUUAUGAGAAGUUUGGUCUGGAAUCAGGCACCAAAGAUUUCAUUGGUCAUGCUAUGGCCUUGUACCUGGACGAUAGUUAUAUUACAAGUACAGCUCGCGAAACUUACGAUAGGAUCAUUUUGUAUAUCUCUUCAGUCGCUCGUUACGGAAAGAGUCCAUACAUUUAUCCAUUGUAUGGUCUGGGUGAACUGCCUCAAGGUUUUGCGCGUUUGAGUGCAAUCUACGGUGGUACUUACAUGCUCGACAAACCAGUCGAUGAAAUUGUUUACGAUGCAGAUGGCCGUGUUUGCGGCGUACGUUCAGGCGGUGAGGUUGCUAAAACAAAACAAGUUAUUGGCGAUCCUUCAUAUUUUUCUGGAAAAGUUAAAAAAGUCGGAAAAGUCAUCCGCGCCAUCUGUAUACUUAAACACCCCAUACCCAAUACUGAUAACGCUGACUCUAUUCAAUUAGUGAUUCCACAAAAUCAAGUUAACAGGAAACAUGAUAUUUACAUUGCCAGCGUGUCAUCUGCUCACAAAGUCUGCGCAGACGGUUACUACCUCGCUAUUGUUUCUACUAUCGUUGAAACUGAUAAUCCAGAGGCGGAAAUUAAACCCGGCCUUGACUUGCUUGGACCAUGUGUUGAAAAAUUUAUCAGCGUAUGUGACCUUGAAGAACCGCUUGAAAACGGUUGCGACGAUCAAGUGUUCAUAUCUCGUUCGUAUGAUGCCACGUCUCACUUUGGAACUGUGUGCGAUGAUGUUAAGGAUAUUUACAAAAGAGUUACCGGCAAGCCUCUCGUUCUAAAACAAAGAGCAAGACAGGAGGACGAGGAUUGA